AUGCGUAUUUUCGUCACCGGAGCAGCUGGCUUUAUUGGCCGCGCUGUCACUCAAGAACUCGUCCAGAACGGCCAUACAGUCCUCGGAUUAGCACGCAACGAAAAGAAUGCCGAGAUAAUCCGCAGCCUCGGUGCGGAACCUCAUCAGGGUGAUUUAGAAGACAUCGAGAGUCUUCGAAGCGGCGCAAGAGCCGCCGAUGCCGUCAUCCACUUAGGAUUCAUUCACGACUUCACGAAAUUCGACCACAGCCUGGCUGUUGACCGAGCAAGCAUUCAAGCAAUGGCCGAAGAACUCGUCGGCAAGCCUUUUAUUAUCGUUGGUGGCACAAUGGGUCUCCCAUCAGGCCCGCUUUCGACGGAGGACACCGAGCCUGAAAUAGAUGGCCAUCUUGGUGCACGAAAUCAUUCUUCGGCUCUGCUUUUGAAACUAUCGAAGGAGAUUGGCGUUCAUGGUAUCAUCGUUAGACUUGCACCUACUGUGCACGGGAAAGAGGACCAGGGAUUCAUGACCAUGAUGGGAGGUCUCUCGAAGAAAGCUGGCGGCAGCUAUUAUGUCGACGAUGGUUCCAACCAGUGGCCCGCUAUUCACCGACUAGAUGCGGCAGUUCUAUUGCGCCUUGCAGUUGAGAAAAAUGUCACUGGCGGAAUCACCUACAUUGCUGCUGCUGAGAAUGUCCCCUCAAAGGACUUCAUGACGGCAAUUGGCAAGAAAUUGAGCAUCCCGGUUGCAAGCAAGCCACAGGCGGAGGUGAAUCAAGCCCUAGGGUUCUUUGGCCCUCUACUCGGCCGCAACAACACUGUUUCAAAUGAAAAGACACGAAAGGAGCUUGGAUGGGCUCCCACUCAGAUUGGAUUGGUUGCUGACCUCGAGCAAAACUACUUCUUGUAA